ACUUAUACUGGGAUACAUAAAGCUCUUAAAUCUGACCUACAAUAUCUUUAAUUAUACCAGUUAGUAGGCCUAAUAGCUCUUGGAUCUUACAUACAAAAAUGAACACCUUCUCAUUAAUGAUGUUUACAUACUUUAUAUAUCCGAGUAUAAUUGGAGGCGUGGUGGUCUAUGCUCACACUACGUCCCUGUUGAUUCUUAUCCUACAGAAUGCCAGUCAGAGGUCUCCGCUUGUCCUGUAGCACCGCAGCUAACAUCUGGAUAAACAGGAAUAAGACAAGCACAGGGAGAAUCAUCUGUCUCUCUCUCUCUCAGUAAAAAUAACAACGUACUGCAGCUAAAAAGAAAAGUCCUUGAAGUGGGGGGUGCUGUUUUCGCGGUCAAAGGUAAACGAUGGAUCUGAAAGUCUACCACCACAGAUAUAGGGCAGGAUUGUAACCGAACAGCAGAGCAGCACCCCGGGCAGCAAGUCGACCCGUCUACGACAUCAAGAUGUCAGGUGACAACUGUGACAAGUCUGUCCAGGACAGCAAACUGGUGAGACCCUCAGCUGAGUUCCAGUCCCUCCUCCUAUUGGCUGGAGCCUCUAAAGACCUCUUCACCAUGAAGGAGGUCAUGUAUUACCUCGGUCAGUACAUCAUGCAGAAGGAACUUUUUGACAAGACUGAGCAGCACAUCGUCCACUGCUCCCAUGAUGCACUUGGGAAGGUCCUCGGAGUCCACAGCUUCUCCGUCAAAGAGCCACGAAUUUUGUUUUCUUUAAUUACCAAGAAUCUUGUUGCAGUUAUGAGUAACGAGUCAUCUCCAGAAGUCUCCCAACAAUGCACAGUUAAGACAGAGGAGGAGUCGGUGUCUCCUGGCUCCAGCAGGAGGCGCAGGAGGCGGAGCAGGAGGAGCAGUGAGCCGGGUCCGUCGUGCUCCAAAGAGGAGGAGGAGGAGGAGCAGGAGGACGACCAGGAUGAGGACCAGGAGGGAGGGAGGAAGAGGAGGCGCUCCGAUAGCUUCUCUCUGACCUUCGAUGACAGCUUGUCCUGGUGUGUGAUUGGUGGACUCAGAAAUGACACCGACUGCCAGGGCCAAUCCGCUGACACAAGCAGUACGGUGAGUGAUCACUUCAGUGUGGAGUUUGAAGUUGAGUCUCUGGACUCAGACGACUACAGUGAUGAAGAAACGUCGUUAUCUGGGGACGACCAGGUGUAUGAGGUGACCAUCAUCGAAGCAGAGGAAGACUCUUCUGAUGAAGAUCCUGAGAUUACAAAGGAUGACUACUGGAGAUGCUCUAAUUGUGAGGAGUUGAACCCUCCGUUGCCUAGGAACUGUAACCGCUGCUGGAAGCUGCGUCAGGAUUGGCUCCCUGAGCUGUCUGUCAGCAGAGCAAGCUCUGCCUCCCCUGAUCACAAAGUCAUGCCCACCAAACCCUCUGUGGACCAAUCAGUUGCCGACCAAAACUCCUCUCCAGGACCAGAGGACGAUGUGGACGUUCCCGACGGAAAGCGGAGCCACUCCCCCCGAGCCCCCUCCUCCCCCCGGCACCCCCCCUCUUCGGACCUCCUGAGCUCCACCCCCUCCCCCCCGCCCUGCGACCCCGCCCCCCCGCCCGACUCCAAGAGGACGGUCUCCACGGAGACGCGGCUGCCGGAGGCGUGCGUGGAGCCGUGUCUGAUCUGCCAGACGAGACCCAAGAACGGCUGCAUCGUCCACGGCCGCACCGGGCACCUCAUGGCCUGCUACCCCUGCGCCCGCAAGCUGAAGAGGAGGAACAAGCUGUGUCCGGUCUGCAGGGAGCCCAUCCAGAGUGUAGUCCUGACCUACCUGUGCUAGACCAGAGCAUAGUCCUGACCCACCGGAGUCAGACCUAACCCUGAGCCCCUAACCCUCUGGUCCUGACCUACCUUAGACCCCUCCCCCUCCAGGGUCUAGUCCAGACCUACCUUAGACCCCUCCCCCUCCAGGGUCUGGUCCUGACCUACCUUAGACCGCUCCCCCUCCAGGGUCUGGUCCUGACCUACCUUAGACCCCUCCCCCUCCAGGGUCUAGUCCUGACCCACCCCUUCCCCUAACCUUACCCACCUAGUAACCCAGAAGGAUUUAAAGACGAGGUACUGGUCAGAACGCUGAACUGAUCACAAAGACAUGUUUCAUUUAUCGAAUCUGUACAGUAUAAAGUUUAAUAGAGUGAUCAGAAAAAUGUUUAUCUUGUAUCCACUGAAUAAAGUUUAUUCGAAGGCCCUAUCAAAUCUAGUUUAGAGUGUGAUUAGGUGGUACAAACCCGUUGGCCUUAGUGACAACACAAGUGGGCGUGUCAACCUCGACCAAUGAUGGACAGACACACUGUGUGUGUGUGUGUGUGUGUGUGUGUGUGUGUGUGUGUGUGUGUGUGUGUGUGUGUGUGUGUGUGUGUGUGUGUGUGUGUGUGUGUGUGUGUGUGUCUCUCUCCGAGGGCUGAAGAACAAAGACCCCCUGUCGGAGGAA